CUGUGUUUAUCCAUUUGACGUCUACUUCAACCUCUUGCUUGAGAUUACCCCCCCUUUGAGAUUUUGUCAAAUUGGAAUUGUUUUGUUUUUAAAUUGUGUGCUGUUUAUUUCAUUUAUUGAAGACAAAAAAAUGAGCGAAAGAAAGAAAAACAAAAAAUCGAAGGAAGAGAUAGCCAAAGAGUUUGACUUGCCGGAACGUAAAUCGAAAAUAGCCACAAUAAUGAAGCAGGAUGGUCAGGCUUAUUGUAUAUGUCGCACAUCCGACUGCAGUCGGUUUAUGAUUUGCUGUGAUGGCUGUGAAGAGUGGUAUCAUGGUGAUUGCAUCAAUAUUACCGAAAAGGAGGCAAAACACAUUAAACACUACUACUGUCAGCGAUGUAAGGAAGAGGAUCCCUCGUUACAGACAGUGUUUCGUGUGAUACCCGUGGAGAAAACAGGAAAUCCCAUGGGCAACACAUCAAUGCCUGUGGACCAAGAAAAACGCAAGAAAUCCAAAGAUUUAUCGGCUGAAGGCGGGAGUGCUAGUGGUGGUGGAAAAUCUGUUACAAAGGUCAAUCUUUGUGGAACCUGUGAAGGAUGCCGCACACCCAAUUGCAAUGUCUGUGAGGCAUGCCGUAUUCGUGUGGGCCAUAAGCCACGCUGUGAGAAACGGGUUUGUUCGGUACAGUUACAGGCUGAAUUGACCGGUCAGGUUCCAGCACCACGGCCUGCCAAAGAAAGGAAAAAGGUGAAACCGAACAAGGAACGCCAACGGAAACGUAAACGCUCCUUGACCCCAGAAGUUUUCAACAAUCCCGAACUGGAGGGUAUACGUCAAUGUUAUGGUCCCAGCUGUCGACGCAAUGCUCGCCCCCAAUCGAAGUACUGCAGUGAUGAGUGUGGCCUAAACUUGGCAACGGCUCGAAUUUUCCAAGUCCUGCCGCAACGUGUACAAGAAUGGAACCUGACACGCUGUCGCGCCGAGGAAGAAAACAAAAAACAACUCGAUCAAAUACGUUCCAAGCAAUCCCUGGUACGUUUUGCUCUGGCUGAAUUGGAUAAACGGCACCAGGAACUGGAUAUGGUGGUGGAAAGAGCCAAACACAGUACCUUGGAUCCAAAUCUCAAGGAGCACAACGACAUUGAAGAUGAACAGUCGAUGUAUUGCAUUACCUGUGGCCAUGAAAUACAUUCCCGUACCGCCAUAAAACACAUGGAGAAAUGUUUUAACAAAUACGAAUCUCAGGCUUCGUUUGGUAGCAUUUUCAAGACACGAAUUGAGGGGCAAUCCAUGUUCUGUGAUUUCUAUAAUCCGGCCAGUAAAACCUAUUGUAAGCGGCUCAAAGUGUUGUGUCCCGAACACUGUAAAGAUCCCAAGGUCAGUGAUGCGGAUGUGUGUGGUUGUCCGCUGGUUUCCAAUGUCUUCACACCCACGGGAGAGUUUUGUAGGGCACCCAAGAAGAGUUGCUACAAACAUUAUGUAUGGGAAAAAAUACGACGGGCCGAAAUCGAUUUGGAGCGGGUGCGCCAAUGGCUGAAAAUGGAUGAACUUUUGGAACAGGAACGACAAAUAAGACAUCAAAUGGCCUCCAGAGCCGGAGUAUUGGGUCUAAUGCUUCACUCCACCUACAAUCAUGAAGUUAUGGAAGAGUUGUGCCGUCAACAGCAGCAAUUAGCGGCGGCCCAACAACAAAAACAGCAAUUGUUGGAAAAACAACAGGAAAUGCAUAUCAUAUAACAGCAAUAACAACAGCAACAAUAGGCAGCAGCGGGUACACAAAACAAUCAAAAUAUUAUCUUUAGAAUUUUGAUAUUAAGACGGACGACGAACGAACGAGAAUAGAAGUACAUUUCUAUCAAUCAUGUCUAACCAAAUCACCCACUGACUGUCCGUCAGACUGACUGCGUAGUACUAAUAAUAAGAAAUAAAAGUGAAAGAAAUUCAAACAGAAGAACAAGAA